UCACUUGUGUUAGGCCGCAGCUUACGACUCAUCUCUGCACUUUUCUCGACUUUGUCGGCAGCGGGCUGACCAUCGACAUUUUCCUUUCCACCUCUACACUCCUCCCCGUAAAACCCGUAACGUCGGCUUCAGAUAGUACCAGGUCUCACAUCGCCGGGUGCAUCUACUCCGCACCGAUCCCCCAGCUCCCCCACGCUUGUGUUCUCGACUGUGACGACCGUACGACUCGCAAAGUACACGUACAAGAUCCACAACCUCUAGCAAAGAGACGUUGUAAUGGCGGAUACCGCUACGGAGAUCGAUCUCGACUCGGUUAUUGACCGUCUCUUAGAAGUCCGCGGCAACCGUCCAGGCAAGCCUGUGCAGCUGCAGGAGUACGAGAUUAAGUAUCUGUGCACGAAAGCGAGGGAAAUUUUUAUCAACCAGCCUAUUUUGCUCGAGCUGGAAGCACCGAUCAAGAUAUGUGGUGACAUUCACGGGCAGUACUACGACCUCCUCCGGCUAUUCGAGUACGGCGGAUUCCCGCCAGAAGCUAACUACUUGUUCCUGGGUGAUUACGUCGAUCGUGGCAAGCAGUCGCUCGAAACCAUCUGUCUCCUCCUCGCAUACAAAAUCAAGUACCCGGAAAACUUCUUUGUGUUGAGGGGCAACCAUGAGUGUGCGAGUAUCAACCGUAUCUAUGGUUUCUACGACGAAUGCAAACGGCGAUACAACAUCAAGCUCUGGAAAACGUUCACCGACUGUUUCAACUGCCUGCCAAUCGCAGCCAUCAUCGACGAGAAAAUCUUUACCAUGCACGGUGGUCUCUCCCCUGACCUGCAGUCAAUGGAGCAGAUUCGUAGAGUCAUGCGACCCACGGAUGUCCCGGAUACCGGACUUCUGUGCGACCUUCUAUGGUCCGACCCAGACAAAGACAUUACAGGAUGGUCAGAGAACGACCGAGGCGUAUCCUUCACGUUUGGGCCGGAUGUAGUGUCACGUUUUCUGCAGAAGCAUGACAUGGAUCUGAUAUGUCGAGCUCACCAAGUCGUCGAGGAUGGCUACGAAUUCUUUGCGAAACGACACCUUGUCACACUAUUCUCAGCGCCGAAUUACUGUGGUGAAUUCGAUAACGCGGGUGCGAUGAUGAGCGUGGACGAGACGCUACUCUGUUCGUUCCAGAUAUUGAAACCUGCGGAGAAGAAGGCGAAGUAUCCAUACGGCGGCGUGAACAUGGGACGGCCUAACACCCCACCACGCAAGCAGAAGAAGAAGGAUGCCAGCAAGAUGGGCUGAGAUCACUCGCCGAAAUCCAUACAAGAUGCUCGGGCUGGGUGGGUGGACGUUAUAGCCCUGACAGGUGAAGAAUCGGUGGUGGCUAGUAAUGGACUCGCGGACUAGACGGAGCGGAAAAAGCGAGCAGAAACGUCACCUCCCCAUCUUCUGUAGUGGGGUGGGUGCCAUCUCGCCCGUGUUCAUCUCUUCUCUCGCAAAAGUUAUCCGACUCAAAUACAUUCAUUCACAUAUCCAUAUUCUUCCUCUACCACCCCGUUAUCCGUGUUUAUAGCCGCUCUAUCCUAUCUAUUAUAUCCAAGCCUCUCCAACCUUCCCGCAUCCUGCAUCUCGGCGUCGCUGCCACACGUCUGCACAAGAGUUAUGGGACCCGCAUCGCGAUAGUGUAGUCCUUUCUCUUACCUCUUUCUCAAUCCUAUAUACUUCUCCGCCACUGAUUUCACGAUCUCCUCAUCGCUGUACCAGACUUGUUGGUCACGGCUCUGCACUGCUUCUGACGAUAUUGUGAUCAAAUUACUAGUAUCGUACAAUCGAAUCGC